AUGGAAAAGGAUCAAUCACUGGACAAGCAAGAAAUUGUCAAAGGCGAGCAAAGCAAAGUUUUGUCUGCAGAAGGUAUUGCCCCUCUCAUUCUUGACAUCAUCAACUCUGUACAUGAAGAGGACUUAUGCAACAAAUUUGCUACUGGACUAUGGUGUAUUUGGAGGCAACAAAAUGAUAAAUUUUGGAGGAAUCAGGUCCAGCCAACGCAGAUCACGAUUCAACAAGCAUUUCAACACCUUGAAGAAUGGAAGGAUGCAAGACAGCAGCAAUCCCAAUCACAUGUGAUGCAGAUUCUAGACAAUCAAUGUGAGUGGAAGAAACCAUCUUUUGGCUACUUGAAGUGUAACGUUGAUGCAAUAAUUUUCAAUCAGGAUCAACAGUUUGGGAAUGGAAUGUGUAUUAGAGAUCACAAUGGGCAAUUUAUUCAAGCAAAAACAUGGUUUCAAGGUGUUUCAGACCCAACAAUAGCUGAAGCAUGCGGCUUAUACCAAGCCAUGGAAUGGUUAAAGGAGAGCUACAACAACAAUAUAAUUUCUGAGUUGGACAACAAGUUUGUGGUUGAUGAUUUCAACCAUAACAACAAAGAUUUAUCAUAUUUAGCUUCAAUUCUCAGAUUAGUAUUUGAUGUUAUUGAUGAUGACAUGGUGUAA